AUGCUUAUUCGUUCGUUUCGUAUACGUUUUAUAAUUAUACGUAGUUGUAUUAUUUCAUUAAUUAUUAUAUUAUUUUUUCAAAUUAUUACAUUUCUUAAAAAUGAAAAUAUUCAUUUACAAGAUAUUAAUAUAUGGAAUAAAGAAUAUAGAUUAGAAAAAUAUUUUUGGAAAAAUUUAUUAAAUGAAGAUAAAGAUUUAACAGAUGAACAACGAAUUAAAAAAAUUGAAUUGAUUAAAAAACAAAAUACAAUUAAAGAAUUUAAUUGGACAAAUAUAUUUUUUGAUAGUUACACAAGAAAAUUAAAUAAAGUUUAUGAAAAAAAUAUUGAAACGACAUAUAAAUAUCGAUUUAAAGAUAGACAACCAAAUGUUUCUCAAGAAAUUUAUGAAGUAUUUGAAGAAACUCUAGUAUUUGAACGUCCAAAAUUUUGUUCAUCAUCUCGUGUAUUUCAUCCACAAUGUCCGUAUUCAAAUUGUCAAUGGAGUUGUGAGAAACCAUCUAUGAAUGAUAAAAAUAUUCGUCGAGCAAGUGUCUUUCAUCAUGUUGAUAUGAAUGAAACUGAAAUGCAUCGAAAACUUCAACAUCGUUCAUAUACAGAUAUAUGGAUAUUAUGGAUUGAUGAAGCAAAUCGUUCAAUAAGUCAUUUAAAUCAAUAUAAUUUUAAUUGGACAUUAAGUUAUCGACAAGAUUCCGAAGUUUCAAUUGGUACUUAUGGUGUUUUAAUACCACAAGAUAAAAAUAAAUUUUUUUCGAAUGAUAAUCUAUAUAAUAAUUCAAAUUUUCUUCAAUUAUUUAUUAAUCGAAAUAUUCCUAUACCUGACAUGACUAUUGAAAAUCGUAUUUUAUUUAAUUAUCGUUAUCGUCAUAAACAUGCUCUUUGGUAUGUUUCAAAUUGUGGUCCUAAACGUCGUCUAAAAUAUUAUACCGAAUUAAAAAAUUACUAUCCAAUUAAAGCAUUUGGAUCUUGUGUAGAAAAUAAAUGUGAUAAAAAUAAACAAUGUGAAGGUGAACAAUCUUAUUUAGCAUUAUUUUAUUUAUCAUUUGAAUCUCAAACAUGUAAAGAUUAUAUAACAGAAAAAUUUUGGCGUGCACUUUAUUAUGGAAUGAUACCUAUUGUUUUAGGACCAUCAAAACAAUCUUAUUUAGAUUUAGGUAUACCACAAUCAGCAUUUAUUCAUGUUGAUGAUUUUCCAUCGGCUAAAGUACUUGCAAGUUAUUUACAUAGAAUUUCCAAUGAUUAUUUUCUUUAUAGAAAAUAUUUUCAAUGGUUAAAUCAAUAUGAAGCAUUUUUUGAUAUCAAUGUUCUUGAACCAAUUCGUAUGUGUGAAUUAUGUAUGAGAUUAAAUAUGCAAGAAUAUCAAGAACAUAGUUAUUAUAGAAAUAUUCAUGAAUGGCAUAGAAUCUCAUGUUAA